AUGUCAGGAAGCCUCAUUAGUCAACGUGAAGAGCAGCCAGUGUUGGUCCUUACCUGUCAGCGAGAUUCACAUCCUUUUCAGGACCGCAUAAUUAUACUAAAUGAGAUUGUCAAAGUUGGACGUUCAGUGGCCCGCGCCAAACCUACGAAAAACAAUGCUAUCUUUGACUGCAAAGUCUUGUCAAGAAGUCAUGCAUUGAUAUGGCACAAAGGGGAUCGGUUUUGGUUGCGUGAUACAAAUAGUAGCAAUGGAACUUUCGUCAAUAACACAAGAAUAGUAAAAAAAAAUGACGAAGAUUUUGCUGACCGUGAGAUAUUUUCCGGUGAUAUAAUUCGUUUCGGAGUAGAUGUCGUUGAACAUGAUACAACUCACGGCUGCAUCAUAGCUCAAGUUGCUUUGUAUCAUCCCAAUGGAGCAGAAGCAAAACAAAGCGUUGACUAUGUCAGUAAUAAUGAUGUUUUGACUGGUAUCGAGACACUCCAUACUGAACAAAUGUUCCGCUUCACACAUUACAUUAGCGAGGCUUUAUUUCGAGAACAAGUUCUGGACACAAAACUUGAGUCUAUCAAACGGCUCUUACAAGAGGCACAAGAAAUUUCUGAGGCUGGUUGGCAAGCUAUGGUGGAUGAAGAUCGACUUUUGGAGAAGCUAAGUCUCUAUGAAACUCAACUCUCCUUAUUGAAGCAAGAUCUGCCCGAGAAUUCGUUACAGUCGCAUCUAAUGCAGGCUCUGGAAGAAAAAUUUAAUCUUGAGAAAGCCAGUAAAAUAAUGUUGGAACGCCUGUUAAACGAAAAAGCCGAAGUUUUUAGCAAAGCUACAGAUCUUGAGCAUUCUUUGGCCGUGUCUCAAAAAGAGUGCAUUCGCCUUCGUCAAGACUACGAAAAUAUACAAGAGGCGUACCAGAAUUUGGCGAGUGAUAGGGAGUCGAAGCAAGUGGCAUCAGAGGGAUCAAAGGAAAGCAACAUCGAAAAAUCUGAUGUAAAAGUCGAAACUGAUCAACUUAAAGAUGAAAAAGUGCCUGGAAAAGUUUUCGAUCAGUUUUUAUAUUCUGACCAUAGAUCAAAUAAUAGACAAGCCCAUGAUAAUCAUAACGGUAAUGAUGCAAACAUUCUUAUGAAUGGUUUAGACAAUGGUAUUUCGAAAAUCGCUGAGAAUCAUGAUGAUAAGUUAAAUAAUAUCAACGGACGAUUCGGUAUGCAAAAUAAUUUCGAUCUAUUAAAGUCAUCGGAACCUGAUAAUUUCUGCGGUAUUCAAGGGCAACAUGCCACCACAAAUGAUAAAUCUCAUAAUGGACAUACAUCUGUUCGGAUAAUUGAAGGUAUUCGGCUUUUCAAUCAAUCAAAUCAAUUGAUCAAAUUACUCCAAGAUGAAUUAAGUAUUUUGGCCAAGAUUAAAAGGUCAAAUGAAUCAACUCUUUCCUUACCGGUGAAUUCUGACUCAGAUACAAACAAAAUCGAUUCUUUUGAGUCUAUUGAUACUGUUGAUCCUGAUAAAACUUCAUUGAAACGACUGGAUGCUGUUAAUUGUAAAGAAAAUAAUUUCGAAACUGCCCUACAGCGUGCAACAGAGUAUGCUACUUUAGUUGCCAAUCUUCAACGUCGUGUAGGUGCUGAUUUAAAUUCACUGUGUUUACUACCGAAUGUUCAUGAUAAUGCUGAUAUUUUCAAUAUCCACCAUGACUUGUGUAUACCUCCGGCUGAAUUCAGGACCACUCAUGUAACGAAAAUGGAUGUUAGUCUAGGAACAGAAACACUUGCCGAUCAUAUUCAAUCUACUGAAGUGGAUGAGACAGCCAACCAGAAAGUUGAAAUUAAUCAUUUGCAAGCAAGUGGUAUGGAUAAAGAUUCGCAUACAGAUGAGAAACUUUCAAAACUACACAAUGAGCUAAUGGAAUCCGCGAAUGAGAUUGAAACAUAUAAACAAUUAACAGAAGAUUUAAGAAAACAAGAUGCCGCUAAAGCAGAGUUAUUGUUAUUGGUUCGAGGAGAAUGCGAUGCACUAAAAAGUCGAAUCGCUGUAAUUGAAACCGAUGUAGCGACAAGUCGUGCUGAUCAUCAUCGUCUUAUAUCUGAAACCAGAAGAGCACAAGCAGAAGCUAAUGAAUUGUUACUUGAACGUGAUAAUUUAUCGAAACAAUUAAAUACUGCUAAUAGUCAAAUAGAACAUUUACAAAAGCUUCUUGCCAGUACACUUUUGUGUGAUACCAAAACACAGAUUUCUAACAAGAAUGCUAUUUCCAAUGAAAUAUCCACUGUAAAUUCUUUAAAUAAUAAUCUUUGUCCAACUAACCAAUAUCCUACUAGAACUAGCAACGUACCAUUGCAUGAACAUUAUUUCUCAUUAUUUGCUGUCAUUCCGGUUAUGAUAUUGAUUUGUGCGUUCAUCGUAUAUAUUUUCUUGAAAUUUGUUCGAUGA